UUUUUUUGCCUUCCUGCGCGUGCACGGCGCACCAGAGCGCGCACGCGGGUGUGUGUGUGUGUGAGUCGCGUCUACGCUUCUCUCUCUCUCUCUCUCUCUCUCUCUCUCUCAGUCAGUCUCGAGCUCUUCCUCGCAGCAGCAUCUCUCUCUCUCUCUCUCUCCUCCUCUGUGUCUCCACCCUUCCUCUUCUCUUCUCCUCCUCUUCCUCCUGCUGCUCCUUCUCCGCCUCAGUCACCUCCUCCUCUUCCUCUGCAGGUGGAUGGAGGCUGAAGCUCCGGAGGCUCGAGUCAUGCCCGGGAUCCGCCGCUGUUGCUCCUCUCACCUCCCUCCGUGUCUCCGUCGUUGAAUGUUCUAGACGGUCCGUCCUCCGUCUUCUGUCGCUGGAACAUGGCAUGCGUUCCUUGCCGGGCGUCGUUAUUGUCAUCCGGCUCCUCCUCUUCCUCCUCCUCCACCACUGAUCAUGGGGCUUCGCUCCAGGAGCACUGUUAGCAGCUCGGAGGAGCAGAAAAAGCCUCCAUGUGGAGCUCCGCCUCCAACGCCGCUCACAGACUCGGGGGGCGGGGACAAAGAUGGCGCCCUGCUGCUGGUGUCAUCGGGUCGUGGCUCACAGGGCCUCGGCGUCGGGCUGCUCGCCAAGACGCCACUGGGCUACACGCGGCCGAACAAGAGGAAUAACAUCAGGCGGAGGCGGAUCCAGAACCUGAUCUACGACACGCUGGAGAGGCCGCGAGGAUGGGCGCUGCUCUACCACGCCUUUGUCUUUUUAAUCGUCCUCGGGUGUUUGAUUCUGGCCGUUUUGACCACGUUCAGAGAACAUGAGAAGGAUUCUGCUCACUGGCUCGUUAUUCUGGAAACCUUUGCCAUCUUCAUCUUCGGAGCAGAGUUUGCGUUGAGGAUCUGGGCGGCAGGAUGUUGUUGUCGUUACAAAGGACUGAGAGGACGACUCAAGUUCGCCCGUAAACCUCUCUGUAUUUUAGACAUCUUCGUGCUGAUUGCCUCGGUGCCCGUCGUGGCCGUGCGUAACCAGGGCAACGUGUUAGCCACUUCGCUGCGCAGCCUUCGCUUCCUGCAGAUCUUGCGCAUGCUGCGCAUGGACCGAAGAGGCGGGACCUGGAAACUGCUGGGCUCUGCGAUCUACGCACACAGUAAAGAGCUGAUCACAGCCUGGUACAUCGGCUUCCUGUCUCUGAUCCUCGCGUCUUUCCUGGUUUACCUGGUGGAGAAGGACGAUGUCUCCGUUGACGUGUCCAACCAGGACGACCCCACCGCCGAGCCCAAAAAGCAGGACUUUGACACGUACGCCGACGCCCUCUGGUGGGGGCUGAUCACCUUGACAACCAUCGGCUACGGGGACAAGACACCAAAGACGUGGGCGGGGCGACUGUUGGCUGGAACCUUCGCUCUGAUUGGCGUGUCCUUCUUCGCGUUGCCUGCAGGGAUUCUGGGAUCAGGUCUGGCUCUGAAGGUCCAGGAGCAACACAGACAGAAGCACUUUGAGAAGCGCAGACAUCCAGCGGCUGGACUCAUCCAGUCUGCGUGGAGAUAUUAUUCCACCAAUCCACUCAGAGAAGACCUCAUCGCCACGUGGAGAUUUUAUGAAACAGUCAUCUCUUUCCCCUGUAUCAGGAAGGAUCACCUGGAGGUCAUGGCGAGCCAAAAGCUGAGUUUACUCGAGCGCGUUCGCCUUCCUAAUGCCAGACUAUCAGCUGGAUCGAGCAGGAAGCUAACAGGUCACGCCGACUCCAUUGAGGAAAGUCCCUCAAAGGAGCCCAAACCUGCCGGCUUCAGUAACCGCGAACGCUUCCGCACCGCCUUCCGCAUGAAGGCCUACACACUCCGCCAGAGCUCUGAAGAUGCCGGAGCUCUGGCUGAUCCAACCUUAGAGGACCGGGGCUUCCCUCCAGAAGUGUUCCUGGAGGAGAUGAUCCCCACACUGAAGCUGGUCAUCAGGGCAGUCAGGAUCAUGCAGUUCCUCCUGAACAAGAAGCGGUUUAAGGAAACUCUAAGGCCUUAUGAUGUGAAGGACGUGAUCGAGCAGUAUUCUGCCGGACACCUGGACAUGCUCUGCAGGAUUAAAUACCUCCAGACGAGGAUCGACAUGAUCCUUGCCCCUGGACCCCCCCUCACCCCGAAACACAAGAAAACGCAGAAAACGCCUUUCACCUACCCGCUAAAUCAGUCGCCCAGGCACGAGACCUACAUCGCCAAAGCUGCUUCCAUGCCAGAUGCCGACGACCAAAGCAUGAUGGGUAGAUUUGUCAGGGUGGAGAGACAGGUGGAGGACAUGGAGAAGAAGUUGGACUUCCUGGUGGACAUGCACAUCCAGCACACUGAGCACCUGCAGGUGGACUCAGCCGGCACCGCACACAUGACACUGGAGACCUGCAAUCCGACGGAGAGCGGUGAGAUCAGGCGGGUUUUCUUGGACUACACUGAGGCGUUCCCUCACAUGGCGUAUCAGGUACCACCGGUCAGCAAGUUGAAUCCAUAUUACGGUCGGGGUGGAAGAGGGGGCGGAGAUGUUCUGGGCUUAGGAGGAGGUCGCGUACCUCCAGAUCAUCAACCACCGCACUCACACUUCUACCAGCACAACCCUCCGGCUGCCAUACCCACUUACACGGAGCGUCCAACAGUUUUGCCAAUCAGCUCCCUGCAGGACUUGUCGGUGGGGCUGGGCAGGACCACAGGGGGGCGAGGGGCUGACUCACCUCUUUCCAUGCUGUCGGUGAAUCAUGAGGAGCUCGAGCGCUCACCGAGCGGCUUCAGCAUCUCUGGGGAGCGGGAGGGGGAGGAAGGGGAGGACCUGUCGACGGGGGCCAAGGUAGCGACUGGGGACAGUACCUGGACAAGACCCAGGCCGAGCUACUUGGCGGAGGGGGAGACAGAUACUGACACAGACCCCUUCACCCCCAGUGGGGGGCCCCUGCCCCUCUCCUCCACAGGAGAGGGAUUUGGCGACGCUGUGUGGACCACGCCACCAUGAGGUGAGGUUGUGGUCACACAGGGAUCCAAGACUCUGAGAUAAGACCUUUAAAUCCAGCCCAUGCCUCUAAACCAGUUUAGGUCAAAGCCACAUCUCUGUACCAAACCACUCGGACAGGUCUGAUCCGCCACGACGACACCAGGUCAAUGACCUCCAGAGGCCACUGCCGAUCUCAUCAACCAACCGCAGUCCAGACAGAGAGCCAUGGUGUGGAGAUGCCCAGCGACAAAGGGAAUCCAGAUGUUUGUAAAGUAAAGCUCUGUACAGUGCACUCUUCGCAAAAAGAUUUAGCUGAAAUGAAAAAGAACAUUAAUCUACAUAUAAUAUACACCCAAAAGCUUUAUCGCUGCAAAGCCAACCGCACUGCAUGUGACGCAUGCGAUUUUUAGUGUAGACACUGCGAAGUUCAGGAUAUCAGGAAACAGAAAAGAGAUUGAAUGGGAAACAUAUACUUGCUAUGCCAUUUUCUAACACUUAUUUUUUAUAUGAAUACAUUUUCAUUGUUCUGGUUGUUUCUUUUGCAUGGUUUGCAUGAUGAUGCACCAUUGGGGGGGGGGGGUGAAGAUCGGAGCGUGAAAGUGGAACCAAAAGUCUCCUGUGUUUGUUUUGUACGUCGAUGGUGAACGUAUGAGUGUCUGAGUCUGUUGCGUUUCAUCAUUUCUGUCCCCAACACUUUUUUGUUUUCAGGCCCGACAAAACUUUACACACAAAAAAUAUGAAACACUAAAUCUCUGCUGCCUACGUGAACACAUGAAUUCAAGGACGUAAAAAAAUCACGUACAGUUUUAGUUUUCCGCAUUACCCGAAGCUAAUGCUAAAGCUAAAAACGUACGUAAUUAAGAUUGACAAACAUAGCUCUUCGGCCCCGGUAGUGUACUUAAAUUUACUUAAGUUUACUCCCCUGAAGCAGGAAUUUGUGAUUUAUCACAAGUUAACAACCAACGUAACUAGUCACGUGGGGCUAAUGCUAGCGCUAACAUUGUUCAUAGCGACACUGGAAGAACCAAUGUUUUCUUUGAGUUUGCGAUAGUGCCUUAAAGGCUCACUAAUCGCAGACGAUUGCAACGUUUUUUUUUUUCAGCUUUAGACGUCAGGCGAUGCCGAUACGGAAUGUAACGAUAUUUACACUUGAAUUAUUACACGCUUAUCGCAUGUUCAAGCACCUUCGAGUCAGGUGACGUUUACAGAACAGCUUCCACGCCACGCUUCAACAGGAAGUCACAGUGGCAUUUCCUGUUUGCCCCACACAACAUGGUGGAGCUCGCCAUCAACAGGGGGCACUUUUCUCCUGCUGUUACUAUGCUAUUUAUUUGUUUUCUUGUAGUUUAUGUUUGAACACAAGAGGUGGAUUUUGAAAAAAUGUGAAAACAAAAGUUAGUGUUAGCGUGUUUUUAUUUACUAAUUACGUUGAUCACGUCUGUGCGAUGUUAAACUUCCUUUCCAAACUAUUUGACUUACUGUCCAAACUAUUUAACUUCCUGUCCAAACUAGUUGACUUCCUUGGCUUUCAAAAUAAGAGCUACAGACUUGUUGUGUUAUAAAAAACUUACAGUCAAUAGUUAAAAAAACAAACAAACACAUUUUUUUGUUUGUUAUUUUUAGUUUUAGACGUUAUUUUCCACGACUGUCGUUAAACCUCAGCAUUAACAGGAAGUGGUCACACCGUGGCUACAGCACACUUCCUACAAACCGCUACAAACUCCACACACCCGGUGCUCCCAGCAGGAGGAAACAAAUGUCCAGAUUCAGUUGAAACGAGGUGUGGAAGCAGAAAAACGAGUAGAUCUAGUGACGUGAACCAAACACUUAUUUACUGAUUUAUUAAGAACUUAUAUUCUAUUCUUAUUCACUAACUUAUCAACUUAUAUUACAGUUACAACUCUUAUUAUUCUUCACUAUUAUCUCUGGAUUUUAAAUGAUCAUGAUGAUCCCUGCUGUCAUUCAUUCAUUCAUUGUGCCUCUGAAGCUGAGAAUGACUCAUCAUUCUGCGUUAAGUGUUGUCAACAACAACACUGGAUUAAAUUUUCUAGUAAAUUUCCAGAAACUUUUCCAUGGGAACUUUUGUUGGGGAAUUUUGGAAACUUUUCAUGAGAAUUUACUGUAUAUUCUGGAUAAUUUAAAGAAAAUGUGGGGAAAUAGGAUUUUUCUUGGGGUUUUAUGCACUUUUUUUUUAAAACAGUCAACAGUUUUACUUUUGUGGCCAACGGGAAAAUUGCUUUUUUUGACGCCACGUGAAUCCUUGAGAAAAUGACGUGCAAGCCAGAGGGGGCGGAGUCCAUACAGUUCUUAUAAAAGAUCCAUGUCAUGUGAUGGAGGAAUGUACAGGUGCAUGUAAGGGAGCGUAGACUGAAGAUUGUAAACCACACACAAACCUCAUAGAGAAAAUCAGCGAUUUUAGAUGGUGUGGACACAGGAGCUGCUGGUCCUCUGCUUCCUCGUGUGGUCACUUUGUGUCACUGAGGUCAAUCUGAACAAAGGAUUUUAAUCUGAAGUGACAAAAUAAGACAUUUGAACUUAGUGAUGGAGGCAGCAGUGGAUCAACAACUCCUGUGUGUGUGAUGUUAAAAUCACUGUGCUUUGGUGUGGGAGAGUGAGUGGUUUACAAACUUACAAAAACAGGGGAAAUUUUAGAUUUCUUUAUGUUUUAGCCACUUAACAAAAGUUACCUUCAGAUUUGAAAUUUUUAUUCUCAGUUUAUUCUCGUUAGUUCCCAUGGAAAGUUUCCACUUUUGAAAAUUGCCUGAAUAUUGCAGAUUAAUGAAUGUGAAUCUGAUUUUGUCUUUUAUUCAAAGGUUUACACUCGUUUUUCACUUUGUUUUUGUCACUGCUUUUGUCUCAUUUAGUUAUUCACACAUGACGUGAUUGACAGAUGUAAAAGUUGUAAUGUUUGUUUUUAAAUGUGUUUAUCUGUGUUUUUGUGUUUUUGAAGAAUUUAGAAUCUCUGACAUUUACAGUUUGUGUAUAGUCUCUUCUAACUGGUGGUCACAUGACAAAAUACUGUUUAAAAAAAUAUUUUGAUAUUUUUAAAAAUUGUUUGUCUUCCAAUAAUUGAAGAUGAUUUUUUAAUGUUUUUCUCCCACAAACCUGAAAAUUAGACCUAAAAAUAACAUGUCUGAGUUAUAAAUGUGCCAUAAAAUGUAGAUUUUUUUCAGUUAUUUCAGUUUUCACCCUGUAAUCCUCACCGAUAAUCGCAGAAGACGAGUGCUAACAUGACUUUGUUUUUUUUUUGUGUGAAUGAAACAACAGUUCCACACACAGACGUCGCACAAAGGUUUUGUGUUCUCGGCGUAAUACGACUUUUAUUUUAUGAAAUAUUUGCCAUUUUUAAUCAUAAGUCGUCACAAAUUCCACAUUUUUGUUCUCAGAAACUUGACAAAUGUUGGUUCUGCUGUGUGGCCACAGGAUGGCGCUGAUGCUGCAGUACAUGAUUGUUCUGCAGCUUGUAAAUCACAUGACGUUGAAAGUAAAACCCAUAAACUCAGACUCUGCCUUUGAAUAAAUUAAGAUUAUG